CUUUCAUGCUUUUGUGAAACCCAUCAUGUAGUACAAGGCGGGAAUCUGCAUUCCACACAAGAAGCCUCACUCGCGGCUUCCCUACCGACAGCUUCUAUCCAUUUGCCUUGCGACUAGAUGUUUUUGAACGUGAUGCCCUACAUAUUUCCUAUUCUCCGGCAUAUGUUCUUCACUCGCCUCAUCGCACCGAGUUGGACUCUCACUCAUUUCUCGCAAGGUGCUACAGUGCCGAUGUCCUUCUGGAGCUUCCGUCCGACUACUACAUGCAACGCUAACCAUCGUGCUAUCGCGCUAAACUUGGCCGGACAAGCUUCCUCAUCGAAAGCGACAUGGCAGUAUCGGAGACGACGACAAUCACCGUCGAAUACGAGCAAGCUUUUUGCACCCUUGACGGGUUUCAAGAGGAAUUACGUGGAACGGAAUUUACCGUGGUCUACCUCUUCCAUUUGACGCCUGCGGCUUCUGUCAAAUUCGCAAGCUUUCGACAAGGUCUCAGCCAUUUGAGCAUCGACCAGGACACAGCAAGUAGCCGCGCAAUCGACGGUUUUCAGGACAACGCGAGAGAAGCUCUCAAUUUGGAAGAAUCAAACGACCGCGACAAUGCGGUUUCCGCGCGAACCCGUUCCCCGGAGGAACCGCUGAAGCUCAUUCUUAAGAGCUACCGCGACGAAACUCUCAUGGCGGACGAAGUCACAGCGUACGACAUGAUGCAACGGAUUCAAGGAACUGUUACACCUGAACUCUAUGGCACCUGCUCGUUGCGCGGCCCACCCACGAUCGUUCUCGAAUACAUCAUUGGGAUGGAUCUCCUCCAUCAUAAGAACGACCUGGAGAAUUUCCCAAAGCUUGUUCGAGCGGUGGAGAACUGUUACAAGCAAAUCUCGGACUGCGGCGUUGUUCAGUGGGACCCCAGACUCGACGGCAUAAUUCUGACAGACCCUUCGCGCAUGACUGUGCGAAUGAUCGACUUUUCUCAUGUCGAGUUCAGUUGGUCGCCUGCUAAUUGGUCUACGAAUGAUAUCUUGGAACUCAAUGAGAGCAAUAGCCAUGACCUCUUGAGGCGUUAUAGCCGAAGAAUGGGAUGGAAGUUAGUUAAUGACGUUUCGACAUGGGAUUGGUGAAGCGCUGUGUUGCAUGGACAAGCGGAAAAUCUCAAGGUUGCUUCGAAAUUGGUUCCUCUGAGCCUUGGUAGGCACACGUGCCCUGCGACGUACGCGACGCAGUAUGGCAACGCAUUUCCCUGCUGUUCCUGCCUUGAAGAUUUGACCUGGUAGACUCGAUUCAAGCGACGGCAUAAUGCACGGUGAUACGAUUUAUUUAGCUAUUUUUCAUGCGAGCGAUCUCUGGAAAUUGAGCUCCGGCAG